AUAACUUUGACCUCGAAUAAUUAAACAUUACUAAGCUAUCUGCUUUACCCCACGUAUUUCAACAGUGGGCGCGCCUUGGAAUAGACUAUUUUGGUCUGCAGGUUUAAUACUGGCGUGUCCGAGUUUACGCCUCGAAGACCCCGACGGCGAAAAUUUCCCUCUUGUCUACUAAAAGUCUCUCCUCGAACCAUUCUCUUCUCAUUUGUUUGUUGGGAUUAUCUCUCUCGUAUUUUAGUGUUCCAAUUAUCUCACAUAAUCUCAUCAUGACGAGACUUAUUCUAUCUACUGCCAAUGUCAUGUUGGCAGGCCCCUCCAUUAUCCGUAAACCCGGCAACAGCAGAUCCAACCUCGAACUCGUCAAUUCUCUGCGUGACAACAUCGCCGAAGCUCAGCGCGAUUAUGCGAUCGAUGCGCAAGAAACGAACGGCUUCACGAACGGCGACACGCCCAAAGGCAAGCACACAGCCGUCGACCUCUGGACUGAACAAGAAGGCGAUACGCUAUACGUUCCUCGCAUUAAUUGGAACGCCGCGGGCCUCCAAGAGGAACCCAGUCAGUAUGAGAUCACUGUCAAGUUUUUUGUUCUCCCGGGUAUGUCAGUAGCUGCUCGGGAACAACAUGUCAAAGAGGCUCUGGACUUGGUCCGGAGAGAACUCGGCAUUCAGACCAUCGACCUCCUGAUUGUAUCUUUUCCUGGCAUUUCGUUCGAAGGAAACUGCGAAUGGGAGGCGGACAAGACCAAUGCCCAACAGGGGAACCUUGAAGAGGAGCUUGCGACUUGGAAGGUGUUCGAGGGCCUGCACAAGCAAGGCCUCGUGAAGCGUCUUGCUGUGGCCGAGUUUGGUAGCGAGAAACUUGGCGCUUUCAUUAAGCGUGCGAGUGUCCGGCCCGUCAUCGACCAGAUCAACCUGCGAAACUGCUGCGAUGUUCCACCUCCGCUGAAAAAGCUAGCCGAGGAAGAAGGCGUGGAAUUGCAUGUUCACAACGACUGUAUCGAUAUUCUUCCUCACGGCACUCUUCGAGAACUUCUUAGCCACGGGCCGAACGGCGCAGGUCUCCUUGCCGAUCCCGAUAACAGCGGUGCGGGUUUGACAGGAGAGAUUGUCCCGGAAUGGGUAGUGCGAUACACGGCAUUCGUACAGGAUCGAGGCGUCAUAGAGAACAAGGGAUAUUUUGCUGGAGCGGAGCUGGUGACACCAUAGUUGGACAAUUCCCUGACGGCCGGGAAAAAGAGGAAAGACAAAGAAAGGGAAAAAGGUAGAGAUGAUGAACCAUUGGGUUUCUGGCAUAUUGGAUCUCCAAGCCACAUAAGAUGGAAUGUAGUGGCAUCAUUUGUCCAUUUGUUUUUUUUUUCUUUUUUUGCAAAACAGCGAGCAUCAGAUACACGGAGUUUAGACACUAUGGUAGGGAAAUUGGCUGCAAGACGGCUUUUCUGUUUUUUC